CUGGCAGCAUCAUGCGCCGCAGUGGCCUCCUCCUCCUCGUGGGUCUCCUCGUCUUCUGGGCUGAGCUGGCACCCGGCUCUGGUCAGAAACCUCCCCCAGGUCUCCCUUACCGCUGCACCCUACCACCUGAGACGGGGCCAUGCAAAAUGAAUAUUAAGCGUUACUACUACAACCCUCGUCAAAGGAGAUGCAUGACGUUCACCUGGGGGGGCUGCCAAGGCAACAGCAACAACUUCAAGACAAAGGAGGAAUGCGAGAGGGUCUGUAUGCAAAUCUGGCCAGCUCGAUUCCUGGAAGAGACGGUCAUCUCACCCAGGGCAGCCUGUGUGCCAAAGAGUGGCAUGCCAGACAGUUUUGCUUACCACGUAGGCUGGUUCAGUGCCCAAGCCACCGAGGUGAGCCCCUCAGCUGCUACAAAUGCUGCAGAAGUUGGGGGUGUGGGAGAAGGGGCCCCGGGUGGCUGA